AUGGUCCCCGAGGGCUCCUCCGAGCCAACAGCCUCUGGCGGCGCUGGGACCCAUGAAAUCCGGGACGAGUCUGCGCUCGACACCACUCACGAAGAGGUCGCAUCGUCCCCGCCGAUCGCCUUCCGCCCGGUCAAGCGCGCUCGCGCCGGUUCGAGCACCUCCCAUGUGGACAUUGGCCACUUUGAUCCGCAUGGCGUCGAACAGCUUCGCACGACGAUGAGCCGCACCAGCAAUCUCUCUGGCGCCCAAAAUCAUACUGCGGACGCAGAGAAAGGCAAUGGCCGCUCCUCUUCGGGCGUGUCUGAGCACACCCUUAUCGACUUUAUGCCUUCCGCGGAUGGCCCAUUCGAUUUUGAGAAGACGCUCCGUGCGGUUCUUCGCAAGGUUGAUGAGCACGGCAUCCAAAGGCGCGAGCUUGGUGUUCUGUUUGAGGACCUCCGCGUGAUCGGACUGGGUGCUACCGCCAACUAUCAGGAUACGCUCGGAUCGAUGCUCAACCCGAUGAACAUCCUGGCGGGCAUCAAGAAGUCGCGCAACCCUCCCGUCCGUGACAUCCUAUCCGGUUUCGAGGGCGUCGUAAAGCCAGGCGAAAUGCUCCUCGUUCUUGGCAGUCCCGGUUCCGGAUGCACCACUCUUCUCAAGACACUCUCGAACGAGCGCAAGGAGUACCACAAGAUCGAGGGCUCCGUCCACUACGACUCGUUCACGUCUGAGGAGAUCGAGAGGCACCACCGUGGCGAUGUCAUUUACUGCCAGGAGGACGACAUUCACUUCCCGACGCUCAAGGUCGACGAGACGCUUCGCUUCGCGGCCAAGAUGCGCACCCCGCAGAACCGCUUCCCCGGCACGUCUCGCGAGGAGCACGUCAGCCAGAUCACGGAGGUACUCGAGACCAUCUUUGGUCUUCGUCAUGUCAAGAACACGCCUGUCGGUGAUGCUGCAAUUCGCGGUGUGUCUGGCGGAGAGAAGAAGCGUGUCUCGAUCAGUGAAGUGCUCGCGCUUCGUGCCAAGAUCAACGCCUGGGACAACUCUACUCGCGGUCUCGAUGCUUCGACGGCGCUCGAAUUCGUCCGUGCUCUACGCAUUGCGACAGACGUGGCGCGCACCACGACCAUCGUCUCCAUCUACCAGGCUGGUGAACUGCUCUACGAGCUGUUCGACAAGGUCUGCGUGAUCUACGAGGGGCGCAUGGUCUACUACGGCCGUGCCGAGAAGGCGCGCCAGUACUUCAUUGACCUUGGCUUUGAGCCCGCCAACCGUCAAACGACGGCCGACUUCCUUGUCGCCGUCACGGACCCUUCGGCACGCAGCGUACGCCAGGGUUUCGAGGGCCGCACUCCGCGCACGGCUGCUGAGUUCGCCGAGAUCUUCGCUGCCAGCGAGCUGGGCAAGGAGAACCGUGCGGAUAUUCAGGAGUACAAGCACCAGUACAUCGACGCGCCCGACCGCAAGGAGGCCUAUCGCAUGAGUGCUCAUCAUGAGCACGCGAAGACCAGCAGCAAGAAGAGCGCGUACAUGAUCUCCAUCCCCAUGCAAGCGCGCGCGGUGAUGAUGCGCCGUAUUCAAAUCUUGCGCGGCAACUUGGCCACUGAGAUCAUCCAGAUCACGGUUUUCAUUCUCCAGGCUAUCAUCAACGGCACGGUCUUCUACCAGAUCCCGGACUCGACGUCGGCGUACUUCUCACGCGGCGGUGUACUCUUCUUCGCGCUUCUGUUCGCAGCCCUUACCGCCAUGUCCGAGAUCCCCGCACUGUUCGCCCAACGCCCUAUCGUGCUGAAGCACUUCCGCUCGGCAAUGUACCACCCGUUCAUCGAGGCCACGGCAUUGACGCUCGUCGACAUCCCUAUCACGUUCAUCACGCUCAUUUUGUUCAGCAUCGUGCUUUACUUCCUUGUCGGUUUGCAAACUAGCGCUUCGCAGUUCUUUACCUUCUACCUCUUCAUCUUCACCAUGGCUCUGACCAUGAAGGCCUGGUUCCGUGCCGUCGCUGCUGCACUGGGCCAACCGGCGCCGGCUCAGACCGUCGCAGGUGUUCUCCUCCUCGGUCUUGUCCUAUACACCGGUUAUACCAUCCCACGUCCUUCCAUCAUCGGCGCUCUCCGGUGGAUCACGUACAUCAACCCCAUUCGCUACGGUUACGAGGGUAUCCUGACCAACGAGUUCCGUACGCUGGAUGGCACUUGUGCCAGCCUGAUUCCGUCCGGCCCGGGCUACGAGAACGUCAACAUCGCGAACCAGGUCUGCACCACGGUCGGCUCUCAGCCGGGUCAAAGCACGGUGAACGGCAACUCGUUCGUCGAGCUCUCCUAUUCCUACUCGUGGUCCAACGCUUGGCGCAACUACGGCAUAAUCGUCGCCUUCGGCAUUGCUUUCCUCGCAGUCUUGCUCAUCUUCACCGAACUCAACACCUCCAGCUCGACCGAGUACUCUACGCUCUUGUUCAAGCGCGGCGCGAAGGCGCAGGUUCUGGAGGAGGCUCAGGCCGAGACCGGCGAGAACGAUACCGAGAAGGGCGCCGCAAACCCGAACGCUCGCGUUGCCGCCGAGGCUCAGAUUGAGGAGGAGGCGCUUAAUGAGACCCAGGCUAUGCACGACGUCUUUACGUGGCAACAUAUCGAGUACGACGUACCGGUCGGUGGCGGCAAGACGCGGCGCCUAUUGGACGACAUCAGCGGCUACGUCGCGCCCGGCAGGCUCACAGCGCUUAUGGGUGAAUCCGGUGCCGGCAAGACGACCCUCCUCAAUGUUCUCGCUCAGCGUCAGACGUCCGGCGUCGUCCACGGCGAUCGCCUGGUUAACGGCCACCCGCUUCCUCCUGACUUCCAGGCUCAAACCGGUUACUGCCAGCAGAUGGACACGCAUCUUGCGGAAACGACCGUGCGCGAGGCGCUUCUGUUCUCGGCCAAGCUUCGUCAACCUCCCGAGGUUCCGGACAGUGAGAAGGAGGCUUACGUCGAGACGGUCUUGAAGAUGUGCGGCCUUGAGGACUUCGCGGACGCCAUCGUCGGCUCACUCGGUGUGGAGCACAAGAAGCGUACUACUAUCGGUGUCGAACUUGCUGCUAAACCCAAGCUCCUGCUCUUCCUUGACGAGCCCACCUCCGGUCUCGACUCGCAGAGUGCAUGGGCGAUUGUCAAGUUCUUGCGUAACCUUGCAGACCACGGCCAAGCUAUUCUUUGCACUAUCCAUCAGCCUAGCGCAGAGCUCUUCCAGGUCUUCGACCGCCUGCUCCUGCUCAAGAAGGGUGGUCAGACGGUCUACUUCGGCGAUAUCGGACAUGAAGCGCGCACUCUUAUCGACUACUUCCAAGGCCAGGGUGCCGCUCCCAUCCCACCGAACGCGAACCCGGCGGAGUACAUCUUGGACGUCAUUGGCGCUGGCGCGACCGCACAGGCAGACCGCGACUGGCACGAGACCUGGCAGAACAGCGCCGAGGCCCAGAAGACGGACGUUCAGCUUGCACGGAUUCUCGAGGACGGCCGAAAGAAGGGUGCUGUCGAUGCCAGUCUGCGCCACGAGUUCAGCACCAGCUGGGUGUACCAGGUCAAGACCCUCUUCGUGCGCGACAUCAACAGGCACUGGCGUGACCCUACGUACCUCAUUGCCAAGUUCGCUCUCAACAUCGUCGGCGCUCUCUUCAUCGGCUUCACGUUCUUCAAGGCCAAGGGCACAAUCCAAGGCACGCAGAACAAGAUCUUCGCGGUCUUCAUGUCCACGAUCUUGUCCGCCCCGCUGUCCAACCAAAUCCAAGUUCCGUUCAUCACGACACGCAAGGUGUACGAGGUCCGCGAGCGCCCAAGCCGCAUGUACAGCUGGACUGCGCUUGUCACCUCCCAGAUCCUCGGCGAACUUCCGUUCAAUGUUCUCGGCAGCAGCAUCUACUUCCUCGUCUGGUACUGGCUCGUAGGCUUCGACUCGAGCCGCGCCGGAUACACAUACCUGAUGAUCGGUGUCGUCUAUCCGUUCUACUACACGACGAUCGCACAGGCCGUUGCCGCCAUGGCGCCGAAUCCGGAGAUUGCGGCGUUGCUGUUCAGCUUCCUGUUCUCCUUUGUCGUCACCUUCAACGGUGUGCUGCAGCCCUUCCGCCAACUCGGCUGGUGGCGCUGGAUGUACCGUCUCUCGCCGUACACCUACCUCAUCGAGGGUCUCAUCGGCCAGGCUGUCGGUCGUCAUCAAGUGCAGUGCUCGCCCGUCGAGAUCGUUCAGCUCAUCCCGCCCAGUGGGCAGACGUGCGGCAACUACAUGAACACGUACAUCCAGAACGCUGGUGGCUAUCUCCUGAACGCCGAUGCGACGGACUCGUGCAACUUCUGCUACAUCUCUGACACCGAUACGUUCUUGUUCUCGAGCUUCAACAUCCAGUACUCGCACCACUGGCGCAACUUCGGUCUCAUGUGGGCGUAUGUCCUCUUCAACGUCGCUUGGAUCUUUGCCGCCACCUGGCUUUUCCGUGUUGGCGGCCUCUCCUCCCUUAAGAACAAGCUUGUCCGUCGCAAAUAG